UGGCGAUAUGCAGGCCGGGAUACAGGAGGAGCGGUCAGCUGGUGGACUGGUGACGUGUGCGGCUUUGACACCAUGGCCGACGGGAGCCGACAGGCCAAGCUGGCGGCCGCCAAGAAGAAGUUGAAGGAAUUCCAGCAGAAGAAGACUCCACCAGCUCCAGGAGCCAGGAAGAAGAGAAGAACGAAAGAUGAUGGAACUGAAACAACUAAUCCCGCAGAGAAUGACCAAGAAAAUUGUGAGAUGCCCCUGCAGAACAUUCUGAAGGCGUUGGUUGCAGACUGCAGUAAGUCCAAUGGGGUAUCUCUGCCUUCAUUGGACAGGCUAAAGGCUUGCUUAGAGAACGACAUUGAUAAACUUGGCAGUGAGCAGAAGGUUGACGAAGCUACAAUUGCUCGAAUCAAUACCUCCAACAGCAGCUUGCCAAAUACAACAAUUGUAACACCACAUGCAAUACAGAAUGAAACGUUCUCCCAGAUGUUACAUUCAACUGGGCAUGAAGACCAAAGUGAAGAAGACAGGGGUGUCUCCUCUACAGAAAGCCUUCGACAAUUAUCUGCUCAGUUAAAUGGCUUGGUGACUCAGACUACUUACGUGAAUGGUGAAAGUGGAGUCUGUACCAUCAGCUCAAAAGAACUGGAGACACGAAACCAAGAGCUGACUGUAGCCCUUGACUCCAGCAAUUUAUCAAAUAAAGAAUUAUGUGCAAAGAUAGAGGAAUUGAAACAACACAAUAAAGAGCUUAGUGGUCAACUGGAGAAGGAAAAGAAAGAUUCUGAACAGAAGUAUUUCAAGGAGCAGGUGUCAAUGAGAGAACAGCUACAAGUUCACAUCCAGACCAUUGGAAUUUUAGUGUCUGAGAAAUCGGAGCUGCAGACAGCUUUGGUUCACACACAGCAGGCAGCAAGGCUUAAAUCAGGUGAAGUGGAAGAUCUAAGUAACAAGUUGCAGUCAUCACGGCAAAGAGUGGCAGAACUAGAACGAACGCUGUCCUCCAUCUCAUCCCAGCAGAAACAGUCUGACAAAAUGAGCAAAGAGCUUGAAAAAGAGCGAGAGAAUCUUAAACAAGAAGUAUACAGACUAAAUAAACUGAGUGAAGAGGUAAAACAACAGAACUCUGAGCUAUCAGAACAAUUGCGGUCCAGGGUAUCAGAAAAUGACACAAUGAAACACAACAUUGAAGAUUUGCACAAGAAAUUGGAAAUGGCUGAGCUGAUGGUUCAACAGUUCUCAAGCCAGUCAGGGCUGCCAGAUGUUAAUCAGCAACUACAUCUGGUUCUUCAAGAAAAAACUAAUUUAGAAGCACAGUUGAUGCAGGUGUCAGAGUCAUUACGACUACUUCUUGCUGAAAGAGAUCGGUAUGCUCAGAAGCUGCAGGAGGAGGGCAGCGUCUGGCAAGAGAAAGUUGAACAACUUGCAGCACAAGUAGAUGCACUUUCAGAGGAAAAGAAACAAAAUCUUGAGCAAAUACAAGACCUGGAGGCAUCAUUGGCUGACCUCAAGAGUAGAUCAGAGAUACAUUGUGAGGUCAGUGAAAGCCUGACCACAGCACAGCCCAAAGGACCCACAGAGCAAGAGAGAUUGCUGGAGGAGAACAUUAAACAACUUCAGCAAGAGAAGGAGGAGUUGUACACUCAAUACCAGGCGCAGGUUUGUGACAAUGAGCAGCUGAGUCGUUUGAACCAAGAGCAGGAAGAGAAACUGCAGGAACUGGAGCGAACAGUGGAGCGCUACAAUGAUGAUUCCGUGGACCGGAAGCAACUGCUGGAAAGUAUGCAGAAUGACAAAGCUACAAUAAGCAGGGCGCUGACACAAAACCGUGACCUCAAGGAGCAGCUAGCAGAGCUUCAAAACGGAUUUGUCAAACUUACCAAUGAGAAUAUGGAACUUGCCAGUGCAUUACAGUCAGAGCAGCAUGUAAAGAAGGAGGUGGCUCGGAGAAUUGGAGAGUUGCAGGAAGAUGUGGCUGAUUUGAAAGAAAAGCUUGAACUGAAAUCACAGGAAGCUCAGGCCUUGCUGGGUCAGAGGGAUCAGUUCUACACUCAUCUCCAACAGUACACGGCAGCCUAUCAGCAGCUGCUGGCCGAGCGAGAGGAGCUGCAAAAACAGAACCUGCUGCAGACACAUCUCAUGGAUCGACUACAACAUGAUGAAGUGCAAGGGAAAGUCCACAUUGAACUGCACCAGAAGGACCUGAUAAUAGCAAAGGAGCAGUUGGAGAAAUUGAACAAGGAAAAUGAAGAACUAAAGGCACAGAUCAGCACAUUGACAGCAGAGCUAAAUGAGAUCAGCCCACAGCUUAGAGUUGAAGGUGAUGGAGUGGAAAGUGACGGUAUUCUACCAGAUAGAAUCCAGAAACCCCAUAUUACAAUACCUGAAGAAUUAGAAAGUAAAGAAGAAAUGGUUGAUUUUCUGAAAUCGGCACUAAGCCAACUACAGCAAGAAAGAGAUCAACUCACUCUACAGUUCUUAGACCAGAAGCAGCAGCACCAGAUUCUGUUGCAACAAAUGUCUGCCCUGACACACAAGCACAACGAGUCCAGAGGAGCUACAGAAGCAGUAAGAGAUGGAGACACAGUGCCAGCAGAAGUGCAUGAGGCUUUGAAAGCUGCCAUGGACCAGCUGCAGGUUCGAUUCACAGCACUGAUGCAGGAGAAGGUAGAUCUGAAGGAACGAGUGGAGGAGUUGGAGCAUCGCUGUGUGCAGUUGUCCGGGGAAACGGAUACUAUAGGCGAGUACAUUGCACUUUACCAGAGUCAGAGAGCCAUUCUUAAACAGAGGCACACAGAAAAGGAAGAGUACAUCAGCAGAUUGGCUCAGGAUAAGGAAGAAAUGAAGAUGAAGCUGGCAGAAUUACAACAGCUGGUGUUAAGAUUGGUGGGAGAAAGGAACGAAUGGUACAAUAAAUACAUCAGUUCCACAAAACUGUCAACGCACCCAUUGGAAGAUGAAUCACUGCAGCAGGACUUAUUGGGCGAUGGAUUGGAGUUAACGUCCACACAUACAGAAGAACUACAAGACAUUAGCUUGGCAGAUGACGCAGAAUCUCCAGCAGUUUCACUGAAGACCCAUCCAUCCAGCACAACCCCUGUUCCUAAAGAGAACUUGCCCUCCGAGGACCACACUACUAAACAGAUCAUGCAGCUUCUCGAAGAAAUCCAGAACCCGCAAGCCCGGCAGAGCUCAGCCCUGAACUAUUCCACCAGUAUUCCCUUCUUUUACAGGCCUGAUGAAAAUGGUGAAGUGAAAAUUGUAAUUGUCUAGAGAUGCUUUUAGAUACUGGGAGUAUAAUAUUUUGAUUUUGUGGGAGAGAUUUGUAAAUUGGUAGAGAUUUAAAUUUAAAAAGUGAUAGUAAGGAGGAAUGCGAGAAAUGAGACCAGAGGCUACGGUUCUAUAAAGCAACAGUGUUAAUCUCGCAUGUUUUAUUUUAAUGGUACAUUAGAAAGAUUACUGUAGCUCUAUACUGAGUUCAUGAAUCUCAUGAAUAGUUGCUAUGAGACCCUACAAAAAUAAUCAUUCAGAUUACAAAAUUUAAAAAUCCGAGCCCAAUAAUUCCCUUUUCCAUUUUUCAAAGAUACAAGUUCUUGUAAUUCUCAAUUAAGAUUGGUAGGGUUGUCCCAGUCAGUAGCCAUUUGAUCUGUUUGCAAUUGUAGGCUAAUUAUAUUGUAUCAUCAAGAUUCUUUGGAAACGCAGUGCAUUUCUUGUUACAACCAGAAAGCGAUAGGGAGUUGUGAUAAUGUAAUAAAUCUGAAACAGGUUUGUCUGGCCAUUUUAUAUAUUAAGAAUUUAGAAAAAAAAAGUUUAUUUUUUUAAGCUGCUGAAAAAAUAAGUACUUUUUACUUUACAAAUGCAUUUUGUAGAACUAUCCCAGUGAUUAGCAGGUAAAGACAUUGCCAUAUGUGUGGAAUGAAUCCCAUCCAGUCCAGAGGCUGCCAAGUUUGAUCUUGGCUUUUGCUGGCAUCAGCUGGAGACUCCACCAGAGUUGCUGCACAUACCUCCUUGCAUCUCAUUAGAGAGUGGGAAGAGGAGGGAGUAAAGCGUGCUCAGUCAGGAUCGUCUCUACUGAUCACUGCCAGAGUGUGCGGCUAUAAGGUUGUCAAACAAAGGUGGUAAUUGGCUUAGCCUCAGUCAUAUUGCCUUUUUGACCGUCAUAGCCCCAGUCUCGUACUUGAAGAAUGCAACAACUGAUGAGGUUCCAGAGGUUUGCUAUCACCCACUGAACCACUAGAUGGGAGGAGGGAGCAGAAUUAGGGGAAAACAAAUGCAUUUCUAAAGCAGGUAUAGAUGUGAGGUAGAGAUCAAUAACAAUCCUUUUCAGAAGAGCUGAUGCCUGUUUUCCAUUUCACUGUACAUCCUGGGUGAUCUAUAAGUCUGAGUGUACCACAAAGAGAAAUUACAAUGCAAUUUCCAUUUAUGCUGCAGUUUGAGAAAGGAACAUCCAAAUUCACACAUGCAGUAUGGUUGUUAGGAAAGUGCCUGAUUGAGCGCAGCCAGCUGAGGAGAAUGUACAACCAUCAGUGUGUAUAGAUAAUUUUCCUUUACUUUGGAACGCAACACUAAAUCAAUACCAACACAAUGUGGAAUGUUCAUGCAAAAGCAUCUUUUGCUUUGAAAGGAGAAAUGUGUUCACUUCAGCCGUGUAGUUAGUACCAAUUGCCAGAUACCUCAACAGCAAUUGCUGUUUGUUAACUGGGGCUUCUGUCUGAGCAGGUGAAAUAUUUGCUGCUAUCCUUUUUUUAAAACUCCGAGCCCAUCCCUUAACUUGCCAACAUUUAGUCUUCUUCCAGCUUGACUGAAUUCUGCAUCAUAUGUGAGGAAGAUAUUAACCCUGUAGAUUUAUUUUAUAGCCCUGGUUUUAAUGAGUUGUAGACUAGUGAAUGUAAUAUAAAUGAGGGGAAAAUAUCAGGCGCACACUAAGCUUCAGUAGUUGUAUGAAAGGUUUUACAUAUAACUGAAAUGGAAUGUGCCCCCAUAAACAAAUCAAUAAAACAAGCAAUUCUUCAAACUCUUGAGCAGCUGAGAGUUCGGAUCUCAAUAGAGGAUAGUCUUUCAUUUCCCAAGGAAAGGUUUCUUACUGCCUGACAGUUCUUUUAAUUUUUCAAUAUUUUAAAGAGUCGCCAUCUGUUCCUUGAGCGUUCCAUUUCACUCUCAGUUACUGAAGUAUUAGGAGAAUGAAAGCACAUGAACAGUGGUGGUGGAACUGGUUCUCUGUAUGCAAGCAGAGUGUGGCGAAGUGAUUAGUUACUGUAUCUGUAUGUGGUUCAGGUUGUGAAGUGUGACUGUAAAUGACUAAAAUGUAAUGUGCCAUGGUUAGUUACUAUAUAUGGGCAGGUGAUGAAGAAUUAUGCAUCCGGUUGUGUCUCUCUAGGAGGGUUAAACAUUACUGAAGGCUGUAAAACAUGGAAUUUUUUUAAGUACAUUCUCUUUAAUGUUUGAUUGUGUUUGGAAAAUGAUUUCGCUAAAUAUGGUGAUUUGAUGGUGAGUAGGGACGAGAUUGUGUGCCAAUUUAAAUGCAUGGUUUAGAAGUAACUUUGGUGAAAAUAUUGUCAAUCGGAAGUAUUCCAACAGACAGAGACUUGUGGGGGACAUCUCUACAUUGGCCCUUGGUGUGAAAUGUCAUCACCAGUUCUGCAGUUGCCUCUAUGCAAUCCCCAGGCUUUGUCGGUUUUCUACUUCAUGCGGAAGUGUAAUUCCGAUCCAGUGAUGGAUAGACAAGCUCUUCUGUGUACUACAUUCAAUUCGGUUUAAUGAUGAUCAGACCAGUGGCUAAAUUUUGAGCAUCUUGAGAAUUAGGAAUAUUGGAUGAAAUCCUCCUCAGUUAUAGAAGUUUUCCUUAAGUCAAAUCUGACACUUUAUUUUCUAGCUAAUUUAUUAGUAAUUUCCAUUUUUCAAAGCUGAGUCCCCUUAUUUUUAAAUAGAAAUGCCCCUUGGAGCGCAACAGUAGAUGUAUUGGUGGUGUACUGUUGUUUUCUUGGUUUAUAUUCCUAAUGGAGGUUGGGAAAAGUUGCUUUUGGCGUACUGUUGCACAUUGUUGCAAAGUGAGGGGGUGAGGGAGAGAAAGAAGCAAAAGGCCACAAGACUCAACUUGUUUCUGGAACAUCGUUAUGUUCAAAGUUGCCAUACUGUGUAAAAAUAAUUAAAGACAAAGAUUGAUAUAGAGCCUUGCAUUGCAAGGUACAAAUAAUUUUGUAAAUAGUGUACUUGUGUAACAUUUUGUAAAUUCAUUGCGAAGAAGAGAAGGGCAGCAAUUUAACCUGUUGCUCGUGAUGUAUAUCCAUAACUUGAAUCUAAUUAAAAGGAAGCAGGGGAUAUGAUUUCAGUAUAUUGUGGUAUUUAUUUGGGGAUGAAGAAUACAUUUUAAAGAAUGAAGAGAAACACAUGGAAAAAAAUUGUUUGCAUUAUAAUACUGAUGUGAUCCUGUUAGACUUUCUUGUAUAAAUAAAUUGAUUCAAUAAAUUGAU